AUGACUAAACCGAUGUCUCCUGAAAUAUACGAUGCUUUUAAAAAGUGCGACGGACAGUGGAUGCAGAGACGACGAAAGCUAGAUACAUCUUCCCUUUUCUACACGCUCACCAAGUGUUGUAUUCAAGAGAGAGGUGUCGCUCACAUACUGAGGAUGGAAAACGAACAGUACUCGUCCCAGGCGAUACAUUCGGCCAGAAAGAAGCUUCCACCAGGGGCUUUCAAGGAAGUAAACCGGUUCUUGCAACGAGGACCACAUGAACCACGCGUAUUCGCUGUAGACGGUUCGAAAGUGCACGUGCACCCUUCGUUCAUCGGGGCUGGAUAUGUGACCCGGACGAACAAUAAACCGGUCCCGCGUCCCGCGAAAAGACCUCUUGUCAUGCUUUCUUCGAUGGUGGACGUAAAAACAAAAGCGUGUGUGGACUUUGAGCUCACGAAACACUUCAACGAAAGAAAGGCAGCCACUGAGAUGCUCCGAUGUGUACGCAAGGGGGAUACUCUGGUGUUUGACAGAGGCUACUACUCCAAGAACUUGCUGCGAAGCGUACAUGACUCGCAUGCGUUUGGGGUUUGGCGACUCAAGAUAAAUGCGUUCAAAGGCACUAGGCCUUUCUUCAACUCGUGUCACACGGAAGCAACAUGCCUUAUUCUUGGUGUCAGGGCGCGUCUCUUGAAGUAUUUUAUUUCUGGUAAAACAUAUGUUUGCCUGACGAACGAUCUAUCGCUAUCUCGGAGGGAUAUCAAGGUCAUGUACGCGUCGAGGUGGAGGGUGGAGGAAUCCUUAAAACGAUUGAAAUCAAACCUCAAACUUGAGAAAGCACAUGCAAAAACUCCGGCUCUUUAUAUCCAGGAGGUAGAAGCACGGGUCUUGUUAGACACAAUCACACUGAGGCUGCAAAAAUCGAUAAAGGAACCAUCGUAUAUCUACACACUUGAUACAUACGUCACACAUAUCCUUAACAACGUCAAGAGAGUUUCGAACCCCGUGAAAUUGAGUGCACAUUGUGAGACAAAUGUGUUAUCAAAGAAGCGAAGUCGCUUCCAUGGUCGCAUAUAUGAUCAUCAUCGCCACGGACCAUUUUUUUCAGACGAACUGACU